UUUUGACUUGUUUGUAGUAGAAAUUUCGCGCCAAACGUUGUCAUGGCGAUUUUGUAAUUUCGCGCCAAAAUUAAGGACUUAUUUGUCACCCAUGACACCACUGGUAAAAUUAUCGUUAAAAAUAAGCGAAAAUCGCUUACGGUAUUUUUAUAGUCAACUGUAUUUCUUAAUUUAUUCUUAUUAAAAUCAUCUUUAGCCUCAAUAACCCCUGAACUUUUAGUAGGCAAACCACCCUCCCCUCCCCAGUGCAAAAAGUCACGUGCUUGAUCUCGCAAACGUUUGAGUCCUCUUCGUUAUACUGUCGUUUUCCAGGCUUUUAUUUAUCGCCAUGGGAGAGCGUCUGAAACGGGCCUGGACAGGCUACAAGAGUUACAAGUUAGUACUGCGGAUAAUUGCGGCGUUUGUGGGAAUCACUGUAGGGAUUGCUGGCUGUAUAGUUUUUGCCAUGGUUUAUCACAACUACAAUGCUGCUAGCUGGGCUGGUGUGUCAGCAAUUUUUGCCACUGUUUUCCUCCACUUGCAUUUUGCUGUCCGCCGCGAUCUUGAACGAGUCAUUACAAGAAACAAAUUCAAUGUGAUAAUGUGGAUUGGCUUCGGCGGUUUGUGGUCUGGAAUUAUUGGAUUUAUCAUAAAUAUUGCCUUUGGAGUGAAAAAUCACGAAAGUGGAGUAAAUACCAAUAGGAACUUCAUUGUAUGUGUUUGGAACUUUAUGACUUUCAAAUGGGGCUUGCUUACCUUCCUGGCAGCGAGAAAGUUCAGAAAGAUUUAUUACGAAGUAGAUCCUCAAAGUCGUGGAUUGGUGCAGAGUGCAUAACUUAAGCAGACUACAUCAUUGCUAGCUCCUGACAUAUUGACAUCAAUCAACCCUAAGAUGACCUUGGUGGGAAUAAUGAACUACUACUAACAGUAAAUAAUAAAAUGUAUGGCUAAUUGCUAGGUCCCAAAUGAUAAAUACAGGCUGGGUUAUUUGCACCUUUUUCGUCGUUGAAUUUGAUAGGGAGAAUUCAAGCCCUGGAAAGUCCUUGAAGAGUGAAUUUCAGAUGCAUGAAAUUCCUGGAAUUUUCAUAAGCUUUGCAAACUCCAAAAUGAACACUGAAAAUAAGUCUAGCUUUUAUUGUGCAACUGUACUGAUUUGUAGCGUAUGAAUAACAGUGACUUGAGUCACGAGUAUGACAACUCCAAA